AUGACAAAUGACUAUUCAUUUUUGAAAGAUCAUUCAUAUUCACUACCACCAUCCAAUGGUUGCGAUGAGAAGACAAAACCACCACAACGCUUACGUCGUCAAAUAAAAUCGGCGGUUUCCACGUCCUCGUCGUUCCGUUCAAUGUCCGUCGAUCGUAAUUCAAGUGAUAAAGAGAAUACUUCAUUAUCAUUCUUAACGACAUCAGCAGCAACAAACAAUAAUUCCGAUCCUACUCCUGUUACUGCAAGAAGCAAACGUAUACGAUCGUCUAAUCGUACUCCCAGUUCAAUAGCAUAUUUGGACAACGAACAUUUGACACCAAAUAAAAGACAACGAAAUAAAUCUUCAACACUAUCAUCAAAUAAUAAAAAAAAUAUUCAAACAAGAGCAUCAACCCGAAUAAUAACAUCAAAACCAAAUAUUAGUCGUGAUUAUUAUCGUCAACGACACAAUUCACCGCGUAAAAAAGUAAAAACAACAAUAUCAAAAGUAGACAAACAGCAGCCAACUCCAACAGGAAUAACAAAUAAAAAGAAAUCCGGCAAUAAUGAGAAUAAUCAAAAUUGGACGAAAAUAUUAGGUUUCAAACCGGAUGAUCCUAGUUCACCAUCAUUAUCCAUUGAAGAAAGGGUUAAACUAAGACAUAUAACAUCAUCAGCUGUAGAACAUAAACUUCUAAAAACCUCAUCAUUAUCAUCCGUUAAUCAUACUAGAUCAAAUAUUUUAUCAACAAAUGAUUUUCAAAAACAAACAACCGAAAACAAACAAAAACAAAAAAAUUCUACUGGUGAUCUUCAUUCACAUUUAUCAAGAUCAAAUGCGAGUGUUAAUCAAGAUUUAAAACAAAUUAGACAAGCCAUGGCAAAUAUUACGGUUACAAAACAAUCAAAUCAACAAUUGAAAAAACGAAAAUCAACACGACCUGUUCUCGUAACAACAUCAUCAACCGUAUUAUCUAAAAAGCAACGAUCAAGUAAAGGGAAAAAAAGUAUGCAUGAUAAACAAAUGAUUGUAGAGGAAGUACCACCUAGGGUAACAACAACAUCAACAAAGUUAUUUCUUAGUUCUGGACUUGAUUUAAACAAUAUUAUACUAGGAAAUAGAGAAAGACGUUCAACUGGUAAUGGAAGUGAUUAA